UACAUCAAGUUACGCUCGUAACUCGUAACCGUUUAAUCGAUUCGCGAAGUACGAAAGUUGUAGGUUAAAGUGCGCGCAACCUCUCUCUUCGAGGAUGAAUUCGAAAAACUCGUUAUUCUCGUGAAGAAGUAUUUAUUAAGGAGGAGAAUUAUUCUAGAUAUAAAUAUAUAUAGAGAUAGAAUUAUCGUUUUAUUUAAGUCGGUUGUAAGAGAAGAAAAACAUGACCGAAUCGGAAGAGGAGAUUACCCACACCGAGGACGAGGAGGAUCUGUACGAUUUGGAUAGGCCUUCCGUAAUACACUUGGAUUAUCGAGUGAUGUGGAUACGGGACAGAGUGAUGAAAUUCUUAGGGAUACCCGGCUACGAGAUUCAGUUCUACAAACUUUUGAACGCGAACAAUCGUUACUUGGAGGACAAGCUGCUGAAUUUCUUGAUACUCGAUCUUUACGGCGUGACGAGCCUCGAGAGAAAGAUAAUCUUCUUCUAUUGCACGUAUUUGGUGGAAAAGUAUCAGGAAGAGGUGCCGGUCUGGCAAAGGAAGCCGCGAAAGAAAGAGGAAGAACCGAAGAAGAAGAAGAAGAAACCGAAGAAACCGAAGAAGGUGCCGAAAGCGCCAGUGACGGAUCCGCUUGCGUUAUUGCGCCAACUCGAGGAGUCGAUAGUCACGCUCCGCUCGGAGGACAAAUCGGUGACAAGCACGAUCGACGACGAAGAUUACGAUGACGAGGAGGAGGAGGACUACGAAGAGGAGGAGUGGGAAGACAGAGUCGAUAUGAAAAAGAAGGAGGAAUACGAAAAAGAUUUCGUGCCGCCGCCGGGCGAGGAGGACAAGUACAUCAUGAUCAAAAAAUUGGUGGAGAAAGUGCGAAAAACGCCGAUACUUCACAUGUUCUGCGGCGAGGUGAACGGUAGCAAGCCCGAGUUGCAGAACGUAACACUGUUCUACUUCAUGAGGACGACCCACGACGGUAUACCGAGCUUCGAUUCAUACGCCGAGUGCAACGAGCAAAUGACGCAUUACUUGAUAGUCGGAUCCCUUAAUGGAAAGUUCUUGAUUUCGAUGCACAGAAUGAUCACCCAGGUGUUCAGACCGUUGAUCCAUUCUCAAUUCAGAGGGCCGGAGCUCGUUGACAUAUACGAGGAGAAGGAAGAGAUCGAGGAGGCGAGUUUCACGGACAUAGUGGCGGCACGAAGCGCACAGUUCAGGAAACCGUCGGAAUAUCGAAGGAUGUCGAUAGCGUUGGCGAGGAUAGCCGAGGUGGAGGAGGAAGGCGAGGAGGAGUUUGUUGUGCGUCGUUCAACGGCGGUGAGGCGGAGGUUACCCAAGCAGGAAGUUAGUUUCGAAGAGGAGGAGGAGAAGGAAGUGACCAAGGUGUCGCACAUGAAGGAGAUACGUAUAUCGUUGCAUCAAAAUAAGAACGACUUUUUGGCAUUUCUGGAUAAAUUGACGGAAAACGUUGAAUGGACGUUGGAGCACAUCGAAGGCGAUAUAUUGCUCACGAUGCCCAAUAUACCGGAACUAGACGAUCCCAACGUUACCGACGAAAUGUUGGAAAAAAACAAAGAGAUCAUCGAGCAAUUGGAGGACGUGAUUAUGGUGUGGGGCGUGCACAUAGAAAAGGUGGUGGAAACGUUUCAAAUGAAAGUGCCGGCCAGUAAAGGGCCCAUAGCCGAGAGCGAGUACUGGAAGGAUCGGGAGAUAGGAUUGUUAAUGUUGGUGGAACAAUUGAAAACCCCUAUGGCGAAAAGGAUUUUGAACGUGUUGAAUAAAGUCCAAUCGACAAUCGCAUCCAACUUUCAAUUUUUCUAUUCGGACCUGUGGAAAACUUACACCGAGGCCAGGGACAACAAUCGAUUCUUGUCCACCCUUUUGAGACAUUUCAAGUUGAUGACGGAGUCGAGUUGCUUCAAAACGAUCAUGCAAUCCAUCGUCCCCCUUAUGGAAGGUAUAAGAAUGAUCUGGGUAUUAUCCCCUUAUUACUGCGUCGAGGAGAGGAUGGUCGGUCUGAUGGAGAGGAUCUCGUGGCAAUUGUCCCAAAACGUGAUCAAGAAUUUAUCCAUAAACAUGCUGUUCAGAUACCCGUUGGAGAAGAUUCUCGAAAAGACGGAGACCGCUUGCACGAUGCUGAAGAGCUGGAAGCAGGCCUACUUGAAGAGCCGCGAGGACAUCGAGAUAUCCGGGAAGGGGAAGCGGUGGGAGUUCGAUCAGAAGCGAUUGUUCCAAGGGACCGAGUACAUAGCCUCGGUUUGCGACGGUUUGAACCAAAUCGCCAACGUCCUCCAAGACUUCCACAACAUUUUCGGCCCCUACCUCAAGUCGAUCAUCAGCGACCCGGCCCAGAUCGACACCGUGAUAAAGAGGGUGGACAGAUUGGUGGUCCCCAUACUGAACGCCGACUACAACAUAUUCGACGAGUUCAACAAGGAGAACUGGGAGGCGACCCUCUCCCUCUUCUUCGAGGAGGUCCACUUCCUCGAGAACGAGGCGAAAUUCUUCCUCGACGAGUGCUUCCACGUGUUGAUAAGCGCCGAGUCCGCCCUCGAGAUGUUGAUGAAGUUCAAGGAGAUCAAGACGAGGGCAAGCAUCCAUCAGCAGUUGAUGAAGAAGUUCGACGUCGUGAUGCAGCAAUUCAGCAAGGAGGUCAGCACUGUCGAGGGGAUAUUCAAUCGAGGGAAACGAAGUCCCCCCCUGUUGAGGAAUCAUCCCCCGAUGGCUGGCGCGAUAUACUGGGUCAGACAAUUGUUCCACCGUCUGAGGAAACCCGUGUUGACGAUCCAGAACGUGGCUGAGCUGAAGUACAGCCACCUGAAGAUCCUGGCGUUCAACCAGUACUACGAUCUGUCCAAGCAAUUGAAAUCGUACGAGGAGUUGAAGUUCCAACAGUGGAUGGACAAAGCGCAAAUGAUCGUGAUAAACACUAUGAGGAGGAACAUACUGAUGAUGAUGCGCUCCGAUCCUGAUAAAGGUUUCAGGCAACGUUAUUUGUAUCGGUUGCCAACUCAAUAUAACGCUCCAUUUUCAUCAACCCUAAACUCUCAAACUGUUCUUCUUUUCAAGCUCGCCAACAACUCAAGAUGCAAGAAUCUUGCGUUAAUUUUGCGACACUCUUUAUAUUUAUAUAUAUCAUUCAAUUCUGAAACGCGGUUUUCACUAGGUUUGCUGCCGUUCCCGAUUACCGAGAAACCAGUGACGAAGAAUAUCCAAUCGAAUCCGAGGGCGAGGAGCAGGGAGUUCGCUUCGCCUGGAUCGACCCCCCAGGAGUCGGUUCACAGGGGCGACUACGAGAUGUCGAAGCCGAGCAUCGAUACCGGCAGUUCGGGGAUCACGAGGUUGAAGGAUACGAAAACGGAUGGGCAGAGGAGAGGAGGAGGAGAGGGAGGAGGAGGAGGAGGGUUCUCGAGCCACAGGGAUCAAAAGUCGGGCACCUCGUCGGAGAAGGGAGGAGGGGGCCAUCAUCAAAUGGCCAAGAUCACCUGGACGGAAUUCAUGAGCGGUUCGAUUCUCAUCGAGUGCCAGCUACGUUUCCAAGUGAACUUCGAUUGGAAUUUGUUCGAAAUCAUUCACGAGGCUGAGUUGAUGGAGCAGUUGGGCUUCGAGCUGUCGCCCAUAGUGAAAGACGCCAGUAUACAGAAAAAUCGGUUGAGGCACGACCUCGACGUGAUGCAAAAAUUGAUCGAUAGGUACAACUCGAUGCUCGAGAAAAUGGAUAAAGCGGACAUAGAAUUAUUGAAGAACACCCUGUUGGACAUCGAGAAGCAUAUACAACCGGGAGUGAUGCGUAUAAAUUGGAACUCUUUAAACAUAUCCGAUUACGCGUACGAGUGCGAGAAAUUGUUGAAAAAUUUGAACUCGUUGGUCGAGCAAUUGAAUCACAUUAAGAGCGAUCUCGACAACAGGAUAUUCAACGGUUUACAGAAUUACGACCUGUUCUCCCUUCCCACCAAAUAUUACGACGACGAGAACCAAUUGAUAAUGUUGCUACCGUGCAAGAUAUUCUUCCAAGAGAUGCAGGCGAAGAGGGUCGAACUGGCCACUGCCAUGUCCGUGAUAUACCAAUCGACCAGCCCUAUUCUCAUCAAAUUGGAAAGUCUUAUAUUCGGCACGUACACCGGCAGAUGCGCCGCCAUGCAACUCUAUUACGAGAAGUACGAGAAGAAAAUAUUCUCCGCUUUCAUAACAUGCAUAACCAAGAAUCUCGAGUACUUCAACAAAAAGUUGACGGACAUAAAACCGAUGUUUCAAGUGGACGCUGUCCUGAUAGCCUCGGAGGUGGUCCUGAGACCGUCCCCGACCGAGAUCUACAACAUAAUACUGCAGAACGAGAGAAAUUUGUUGGAACAGGUGAAAUUGUUCCCCAGAUGGAUGAGCGGCACUUGUUUGGAGUGUAAGCCUCAGAGGAAGGCCGAUAACGACACGUUCGUCAACUUCACCUUCUUCGAGGAUUUGAUGAGCAUUCAGAUGGUGAACGACACGAUAAUAAUGAUUCAAAGGACCGCCCAUAAAUUGGCGUUGGAAUCGUGGAACUAUCUGCAAAGGUGGAGGAAGUACAGCAAUCUGUGGUCGUUCGACAAGAAUCUCGCAGCGGAGAAAUACGCGGCCACCCAGCCAACCCUCCACCAAUACGACGAGAAAUUCUCCUUCUACAGCAACAUCCUCGACGAGGUGAUGGAGAUGAAAUCCAGCUACAACCUCUAUUGCAUAAGCAUCAACCUGAGCUCCCUCCUCGUUGGCAUCGAGCAACACGCGAAGGAGUGGAAGCAGACGCUGGGUAACCACCUGCUGAUGCGUACGAUCAACGAGAUGAACGAGUUGCACGUGAUAAUGGACGGGUUGCGGACCGAGGUCGAGUUGGUGAUCACAGGUCUGAGCCGAUUCACGUCCGUCAUGCAGGCGAUCUCUGACAUAAAGAAGAUGGCCAUCCAAGCGGAAGUUUGCUACACCACGUGCCAGGAAACCUUUCUAGCAUUUCGCAGCCACGGUAUAUCGUUCCCCGAGGACGACGAGCAAGCCGCUUACGAUUUGCAACGCGACUGGGAGUCCCUGUACCUCGGCGCCUUGUACAGAGCCUCUACCCUCGAGAGCACCUCCGACAGGUUCUCGGGGAUGACCCAGGAUCAGAUAUACGAGUUCGUCAAGGAGCUCGAGGAGUUCGCCAGGGACUUCGAGGCGUACGGGCCUGGAAGCGUGGGGGACGAUCUGGAGCUUGGAUUGGUCAAGAUGGAGGAAUACGGGAAAUUGAUCGCGAGGCACGACGAGAAACAUCGUAACCUGGUCAAUUCCGAGAUCCUGUUCGAUCUUCCGGCGACGGAUUACUCGGUUUUCCUGAAACUGAAGAAGGAUUACGACGGGAUGGAGCUGUUGUUCGACCUGUACAAGGAGCAGAAGGAGAUGAGGGACGUAUGGGCGCAGACCUUAUGGGUGAACCUGAACCCCCAACAAUUGAUCGACGGUAUGGACCACUUCAUCAGGAUAUUCCGCCGACUGCCGAAAUUCGUGAAGGAGUUGAGCAUCGGUCACGCGUUGGAGGCGAACAUGAAGAGCUUCAAGAACUCGGUCCCGUUGUUCAUCGAGUUGAAGAACGAGGCGAUGAGGGACAGGCAUUGGAAACAGUUGAUGACCAAGACCGGGCAAUUUUUCGAUAUGGACCCGGAGAGGUUCACCCUUCAGAACAUGUUCGCCAUGGAGUUGGGGAAGUACCAAGACAUAGCCAAGGAGAUCGUGAUGAACGCCGUGAAAGAGUUGUCCAUUGAGAAGGGUUUGAAAGACCUGGCCGAGGUGUGGAAAAUGUUGGAAUUCACCGUGAUCAAACAUUACAAGGGCAUCGAGGAUCGUGGAUUCAUCCUGGGUCCGACGGACGAGAUGAAUCAGAUUCUGGAGGACAACAUGAUGAACGUGAACGCGAUGGCCGCGUCCCAGUUCAUCGGCCCUUUCCUCGACACCGUGCAGAAAUGGGAGACGACCAUGCACACCAUCUCCGAGGUGCUCGAGUUGUGGCUCCAGCUGCAGAAGAGGUGGUUGUACCUCGAGGGUAUCUUCGUGGGCGGUGACAUAAGGAUGCAACUGCCCGAGGAGGCGAAGAGGUUCGACGACAUCGACAAGUCCUUCAAGAAGAUCAUGAACGACACCUCGAAGAGAUUGAACGUGCUCGAGUGUUGCAUGGUGAAAGGUCGACACGAAGAGUUCGAGUCGAUGAUAGUCGCGUUGGACAAGUGUCAGAAAUCGUUGACGGAUUACUUGAACAGCAAACGGGCAGUUUUCCCGCGGUUCACUUUCCUCAGCGACGACGAAUUGUUGAACAUCCUCGGCAGCGGUAUACCGAUCGCGAUUCAAGAACACGUGGGCAAGAUGUUCGACAAUUUGGACAGAUUCAGGUUCGAGUUGAGCGAGACGGAGCGCGAGAUAGUGACGGCGUUGAUCUCCGCCGAGGAGGAGGUGAUGGACUUCAGGAACGUGGUGUUGGCCGAAGGGAAUAUCGAGGAGUGGAUGGUGCUCGCGUUGGAGGAGAUGAAGAGGUCGAAUCGAUUCCUCACCAAGAAAGCGGUGUUCAAUUACGGGAAGGUGAGGAGGCCAAGAACGGAAUGGAUGCUCGAUUUUCAAGGGAAUAUGGUGCUGUGCGCUAAUCAAAUAUGGUGGACCGCAGAGGUGGAGGACGUGUUCGUGAGAAUUUCUCACGGCCAGAUGGAAGCGAUGAAGAACUAUUUGAAGCAGUUGAACAAUCAGUUGAACGAGGUGGUGACGUUGAUGGGCGCCGACACGUUGACGAACAACGACAGGAAAAAGUUCGACAUGGUGUUGACGAUCGACGUACACAUGAGAGACAUCGUGGAAGGUUUCGUGAGGGACAGCAUCAUAGAUCCGUCCGAGUUCGAAUGGGAGAGUCAGUUACGGUUUUACUGGAUUCGAAGCCUGGACAACGUUUGGGUACACCAAUGCACGGGCGUGUUCGAAUACGGUUACGAGUAUAUGGGAUUGAACGGGAGACUCGUGGUCACGCCUUUGACGGAUAGAAUAUACUUGACCAUCACGCAAGCCCUGUCGAUGCAUCUGGGAGGAGCACCCGCCGGUCCCGCCGGGACGGGGAAAACGGAGACUACGAAAGAUUUGGCAAAAGCUCUGGGAUUAUUGUGCAUCGUGACUAAUUGCGGCGAAGGAAUGGAUUACGUGGCGAUAGGGAAGACGCUGGGUGGACUGGCGCAGUGCGGUGUGUGGGGAUGCUUCGACGAAUUUAAUCGCAUCGAUAUAUCGGUGCUGUCCGUCAUCUCCACGCAACUUCAAACCAUACGAUCCGCCUUGAUCGCGAAAGCGUCUCGAUUCACGUUCGAGGGCGUGGAUAUAGCGCUCGACUCGAAAGUCGGCAUAUUCAUCACGAUGAAUCCGGGAUACGCGGGUCGAACGGAACUUCCAGAAUCCGUGAAAGCGUUGUUCAGGCCCGUGGUGUGCAUAGUCCCGGAUAACGAGCUGAUCUGUCAGAUCAAGUUGUUCAGCUCCGGCUUCUUGACCGCCAAAGUCUUGGCCAAGAAAAUGACAGUCCUGUACAAAUUGGCACGCGAGCAACUGAGCAAGCAGAAUCACUACGACUUCGGGUUGAGGGCGCUCAAGUCGGUGCUCAACAUGGCCGGCCACUUGAAAAGGACUUCCGGCGACUUGUCCGAGAAUCUGGUGCUGAUGAGAGCGCUACGAGACAUGAAUCUUCCUAAAUUCAUCUUCGACGAUGUCCCACUCUUCCUUGGAUUAAUAGCCGAUCUGUUCCCCGAGCUCGACUGCCCCAGGGUUCAUUAUCCCGAUUUUAACGACGCCGUUGAUCAUGUGAUACAAGAACAAAGUUACGUGCACUUACCCGAACAGGUCGAUAAAGUGAUUCAACUGUACGAAGUGAUGAUGACGAGGCACUCGACGAUGGUAAUCGGGCCAACAGGAGGCGGAAAAACCGUCGUGAUCGAAACGCUUUGCAAAGCGCAAACUCGACUUGGCAUGCCUACCAAACUCUACACCUUGAACCCAAAGGCGUGUACCGUGAACGAAUUAUAUGGCGUGUUGGAUCCGGAUACGCGCGAUUGGACGGACGGCCUGUUGAGCAAAAUUUUUCGAGAGGUGAACAAACCGUUGGACGACAAAAGCAAGAGUGAGAAAAGAUACAUUCUGUUCGACGGCGAUGUGGACGCCCUCUGGAUCGAGAAUAUGAAUUCCGUAAUGGACGACAACAAAUUACUCACUCUGGCUAACCAAGAGAGAAUCAGAAUGCUAGGCCAUUGCAGUUUAUUGUUCGAGGUAGGCGACCUGCAAUACGCUUCACCGGCCACCGUGUCCAGGGCAGGUAUGGUGUACGUGGAUCCGAAGAAUCUGGGCUAUCACCCUUACAUGCAGAAAUGGAUACGUAGUAAGAGCGAAUCGGAUCAGGAAACGUUGACCGCGAUGUUCGACAAAUACGUGGAUGCAGCGAUUACAUACAUUAUAGAUGGAAUGUUCGGAUUGCAGCAGCUCAAACCGCUUAAGAUGAUUAUACCGCAAACCGGAUUGAACAUGGUAGUUCAACUUUGCUACGUGUUCGAUGCCCUUCUCGUGGUUUUGGACACUGAAUUGGCCUCUCUUUUCAAAAUCGAGGAAGAGGAAGAAAUAAAAUUGGAACCACAAUACACCAGGCAGGAAAGUUUCGAAGCAAUGUACAUUCAAGCUUUGUACUGGUCCUUGGGAGCCUCCCUGGUCGUCGAGAAUAGACCCGAGUUCGACGAUUUUGUAAAGAAAACUUGCGGUUUCAUGCUUGUCCAGGACACCGUUGAAAAACCAGCUACUGUGCGAUACAUUCCCGUGACGAAUAAAUUGUUGUACGAUUACUUUUUGGACUUGAAACAAAAUAUCUGGGUCCCAUGGACGUUAAUGGUUCCCGAAUAUGUACACGACAGGAAGAAACAUUUUUCCGACAUCCUAGUUCCUACUAUGGACACUUUGAGAACCACGUGGUUCGUUCAAAUAAUGAACGAACGAGAACGACCAGCACUUUUGGUCGGAGAGACCGGUACCUCGAAGACUGCUAUCAUUCACGAGUUUCUUCGACACUUGAGCGCUGAAAAAUACAAUCAACUUAUGAUAAAUUUCUCGUCGAGAACGACUUCGAUGGACGUGCAAAGAAAUAUAGAGGCUGCCGUGGAGAAAAGAACGAGAGAAACUUACGGGCCACCUCCUGGUAAAAAACUGUUGAUCUUUAUCGACGAUAUGAACAUGCCAUUGGUGGACACUUAUGGCACUCAGCAGCCAAUCGCUUUUCUCAAAUUCUUGUUCGAGAAAGGUGGCUUUUACGAUCGUGGAAAGGAUCUUUCCUUGAUGUACAUGAAAGACAUGUGUUAUUUGGCAGCAAUGGGAAAACCGGGUGGAGGAAGGAACGAAGUGGAUCCGAGAUUCAUCUCCAUGUUCUCCAUCUACAAUGUCGUAUUUCCCGCGGACGAGACCCUCGAUUACAUCUACACGAGUAUUCUGAUCGGGCAUCUGCAGAUAUUUUCAGAGGAAGUGCGAGAUAUCGCGAUAACUUUAGUGCAAAUUACUUUGCAACUUUAUAAGAUAGUUUUGGCUGAGCUAUUACCAACGCCGAACAGAUUCCAUUACAUCUUCAACAUGCGAGAUUUGUCGAGGAUCAUGGCGGGUCUUCUUCAAUCCCAUCCCGAUUAUUUGCCAACGGUGAAACAGAUCGUUAGACUUUGGAGAAACGAGUUCAUCAGAAUUAUAUGCGAUCGUUUGAUAAACGAAAACGAUACGAAAAUUGUAACCGAUCAUAUACAAAAAAAGAUCGAAGAAUAUUGGGAAGAGGAUCGUAAAGUGAUAGAAUACGCGAUGAGGGAUCCGUUGCUGUUCGGUGAUUUUCGAAACGCGAUUAACGAGGACGAGCCAAGAUUCUACGAAGAUCUGUUGGAUUACGAGGCUGUCUACAGUUUGUUCUUGGAGAUUUACGAGGAUUACAAUGAAAGAAACGUGAGCAAAUUGCACAUGGUCCUUUUCAACGACGCGCUCGAGCAUCUGACCAGGAUACAUCGUGCCCUCAGGAUGCACAAAGGCCACGUUCUGGUGAUCGGUAUAGGCGGAAGCGGGAAGAAGUCGGUGAUCAAAUUGGCAGCGUACGCUGCAGGCUUUCGAACAUUUCAAAUUAGUCUCUCUCGAGGCUACAACGAGCCCGCGUUUCGCGAGGACAUGAAGAAUUUGUACAACAUGGUUGGCGUGGAUAACAAAAAGAUCGUGUUUUUGUUCACCUCCGCUCACAUCAUCGAUGAAAGUUUCUUGGAACUGGUAAACAACAUGUUGCUGACCGGAGUGGUACCCGCUUUGUUCACGGACGAGGAGAAGGACGAAAUAGUUCAUUCUUGCAGGAAUCAAGCGGUAGAGGCUGGCUUUGGCGUCAGCAAAGAAAAUGUGUGGUCGUAUUUCGUGAAAACGAGCCUUCAAAAUUUACGAAUAGCACUUUCGAUGAGUCCGUCUGGUGAUUUGUUAAGGACGAGGUGUCGAAGUUAUCCCGGCCUGGUCAGCAGUACCACCAUAGAUUGGAUGUUCCCUUGGCCCGAACAAGCAUUGGUUUCCGUGGCCAAUGUCACUCUUAGCGACAAUCCAAACAUACCGGAAAGUUUCAGAGACAUUAUAGUGGAACACAUGGUGCUCACUCAUAGAUCCGUCUGCGAGUACACGGUGGAUUUUCAAUUAAAAUUACGGCGAAGAAACUAUGUGACGCCUAAGCAUUAUCUGGAUUUUAUAAACGUCUUUCUACAGCUUUUGGUGGAAACGAAGAAUUACAUAAACUCGCAAUGCAAUCGACUUUCCGGAGGUCUGCAAAAGAUCGCCGAGGCUUCGAUGACUUUGAACGAGUUAAACGAGAUUCUAGCCGUGCAAAGAGUAAAAGUAGCCGACCAGACGAGGAAUUGCGAGCAAUUGUUGGCCUCUAUAGGAGAAAGUACGGAUAUCGCGAUGGAGAAAAAGCAGUUCAGCGAGAAGGAGAGGCAGGCGAUAGAAGUACAGAGAAAGAUCAUUAACAAGGAAGAGACGGAAGCCAAAGAGGCGUUGGCCGAAGCGCAACCUGCCCUGGACGCGGCCCGAUUGGCCCUUGGAGAACUGGAUAAAGCGGACAUCACCGAGAUAAGAUCGUUUGCAACGCCGCCUGAACCCGUACAGAUCGUCUCAGAAUGUGUGGCGAUUCUAAGAGGCGUGAAAGAAAUCUCUUGGAAGAGUGCGAAAGGAAUGAUGAGCGAUCCAGCGUUUCUAAGACAAUUGCAAGAGAUGAAUUGCGACAAGAUCACUUUGAAGCAGCAGCAAGCUGUUAAAGCGCAUCUGAAGAAGACCACGAAAUUGGAUCAGAUGCAAUACAUCAGCAAAGCAGGAUACGGCUUGUACAGAUUCGUGCUCGCUGUGCUGGAUUACUGUGCCGUUUUCAGAGAGGUUAAACCAAAGAUAGACCGAGUUAAGGAAUUGGAGGCCGAAUCGGAACGAGCUCGAAAAGCUUUGGAAAAGGAGGAACGUGAAUUACGAAGGCUGGAAAAAACCAUCACAGACUUAAACGCGAAAUACGAGAAAGCUAUGGAGGAGAGGCAAAAGUUGCAGGAGGAGACCGAUCUGCUUCAGAGACGUUUGAUAGCCGCUGAUAAAUUGAUCAGCGGAUUGUCCUCGGAAAACGAGCGAUGGAAAAAAGAUUUGGAGAACUUGAAAAUUCAGAUAGAGAAGAUCAUUGGAAAUUGUCUUCUCUCCGCUGGAUUUCUCGCUUAUUGCGGUCCAUUCUCGUACGAGUACAGAAAUCACAUGGUGUACGAGGAUUGGUGGAACAGUAUAGUGACUAAGGAGAUCCCUUUCAUGGAUACGUACAAGAUUCAAACGGAACUGACUAACGAUGUUGAAAUUAGCAAAUGGACAUCCGAGGGUCUACCACCGGACGAGCUAUCCGUACAAAACGGAAUUCUGACGUUGAGGGCAUCGAGAUUCCCCGUUUGCAUCGAUCCUCAGCAACAAGCUCUGAAUUGGAUCAAAAAGAAGGAGCACAAGCAUUUGAAAAUUCUAUCGUUCACCGAUCCAGAUUUCUUGAAACAGGUGGAACUGGCGGUAAAGUAUGGUCUACCGGUUCUCUUCCAGGACGUCGAUGAAAUCGAUCCCGUGUUGGAUAACGUCCUAUCCAAGAACAUACAGACUAUAGGAGGCAGAUCGUUCGUCCUUCUCGGUGAUAAAGAAGUGGAUUACGACCCGAAAUUUCGAAUGUACCUUACCACCAAGAUGUCGAAUCCUAUAUUCGAUCCUGCUGUAUACUCCAAGGCCACAGUGAUCAAUUACAUGGUGACGUUAGGGGGCUUGGAAGACCAAUUGUUGUCGGUGGUCGUUCGAACAGAGAGGCCAGACAUCGAGGAGCAACGCGAAUCUCUGAUCGCCGAGACAAGCGAGAACAAGAAUCUUCUCCAGCAACUGGAAGACAGUUUGCUUCUUGAAAUAGCAACGAACAAGGGAAACAUGCUGGAUAAUAUCGAGCUGAUCGAAACUUUGGAAAAUACGAAAGCCAGCGCCGAGGAUGUGAUGAGAAAAUUGUAUCUCGCCGAGGUUACAGCCAUUGACGUGAACAAGCUUCGAGAUGGUUAUCGAUCGGUGGCUCAAAGAGGAGCGAUACUCUUCUUCGUUCUGGCGGAUAUGGCUACGGUUAACUCGAUGUAUCAAUACUCUUUGAUCAGUUACGUGGAGGUGUUUAUUUACUCGUUGAGGAAAGCGCUUCCGGAUCCGACGUUGCAACGCCGUCUGCAGAAUAUCAUCCCAAUGUUGACGAAAAAUGUUUACGAUUACGGGUGCACGGGAAUCUUCGAGAAGCAUAAAUUACUGUUCUCGUUCCAAAUUUGCACAAAGUUGGAACAAAGUGUAAACAACGUGAGCCAACAACAAUUGGAAUUUUUCAUCAAAGGGUGUAUCAGUUUGGAGAAGGCGCCUAAGAUUAAUCCUACGGAAUGGUUGCCAGCGACUGGAUGGGCCGAUUUGUUGAAAUUGAGUACCGAUUUUUCGGAAAAGUUUGGAAAUAUCGCGGAUGAACUCGGUACGCAUACGGAUGAAUGGCAAACAUGGUUCGACAUGGAUUCCCCGGAAUCCGUGGAAUUUCCCCUGGAUUAUUCGAAAAAGUUAAAUCCUUUCGAGAAACUCAUGUUGAUGAGAUGUUUUCGCGUCGAUCGAGUUUAUCGAAGCAUCGUCAAUUACAUCACCGACAUCAUGGGAGAAGAAUACAUCACCCCUCCGCACAUCAGUUUCGAGUUAAUCUUCGAGCAGAGCACACCAACUAUGCCUAUCGUUUUCAUACUGAGCCCUGGAUCCGAUCCAACUUCGGAGCUAAUGAAAUUGGCGGACAAAUACGGCUGUGGCGGUGGAAGAUUUAAAUAUUUAUCCCUUGGCCAGGGCCAGGAAAUUACCGCAAAAGAGUUGCUAGAGGGUGCUGUUGCUAGAGGACAAUGGCUCAUGUUGCAAAACUGCCAUCUACUCUUGAGUUUCACCAAAGAUUUGGAAAAAUUGUUGGAGAACAUCGGAAAGCCUCAUCCAGAUUUUCGUUUGUGGCUCACUACCGAUCCAACUCCCAAUUUUCCUAUUGGAAUAUUACAACAAUCUUUGAAAGUGGUCACGGAACCACCCAGUGGAUUGAAGUUGAAUCUCGAAAGUACUUAUCUAAAAAUGAGACCACAAGUGUUGGAAAGUUGCACUCAUCCCGCUUACAAACAUAUAAUUUACGUGUUGGCUUUCUAUCACGCGGUCGUUCAAGAGAGAAGGAGGUACGAUAAGAUUGGCUGGAACAUAAAUUACGAUUUCAACGAGUCGGAUUUCAACGUGUGCACCAUUAUUCUGGAUACGUAUUUAACCAAAGCGAUUCAAACGAAUGAUACCAAACUUCCUUGGAACAGCUUAAAGUAUUUGAUCGGUGAAGUAAUGUACGGUGGACGAGUAAUAGAUUGCUACGAUCGUCGAGUAUCCGAGACUUACAUGGACGAAUAUUUUGGAGACUUCCUUUUCGACAGCUUUCAACCUUUCCACUUUUACGUGGACGAAGAAUUCGAUUACGUGAUACCACCAGAAGGGGAUCGUGAUGAUUAUCUCGAGUUCAUCGAUCAACUGCCGCUUGUCAAUACUCCGGACGUGUUUGGAUUGCAUCCAAAUGCCGAAAUUGGUUAUUUCACUCACGCCGCGAAAGAAAUGUGGAUCAAUCUUAUAGAACUGCAGCCCCAAACUGAAGUUAGCGCGACUGGAAUAAGCAAAGACGAAUUUAUCGAUAAUCUUGCGAAAGAUAUAUUGGAAAAAAUCCCUGUCGAGUAUGACAUUAAUAAAGUGAGAAAAAGUUUUGGACCAACCGUAACGCCAACCUCGAUCGUUCUUCUUCAAGAAUUGGAGAGAUUUAAUAAACUGAUCAGGAUGAUGAAAAGAUCAUUGAUUCAACUGAAGAAAGCUAUCGCUGGAGAAAUCGGAAUGGAUAUGACUCUUGAAAGUAUAGCUACAGCGUUAUAUAACGGUGUAUUACCAAGCCAAUGGGCCAUGCUAGCGCCAGAUACAAAGAAAACAUUGGCUGGAUGGAUAGAACACUUUGAGAAGAGGAUACAACAAUACAAUAAUUGGGCUAUUACGGGUGAACCCAUAGUUCUCUGGUUAGCUGGCCUGCACAUCCCAGAAACUUAUUUGGCAGCCCUUGUGCAAAUGGCCUGCCACAGAAACAAUUGGUCUUUGGAUCGUUCUCUCAUCUAUACAGCAGUGUCGAAAUUCACCAAACCCGAAUACGUAGAAGAUAAACCUGAUCAGGGUUGUUAUGUGAGUGGAUUAUAUUUGGAAGGAGCCAGAUGGGAUCUAAAUGAACAAUGUCUGAAAAGAUCGCUCCCGAAAAUCUUGAUAGAAGAAUUACCGAUAUUAAUCGUCAUUCCAAUCGAGGCUCAUAGACUCAGGCUUCAGAAUACUUUUAAAACGCCGGUAUAUACCACGUCUAAUAGAAGAAAUGCUAUGGGAGUAGGUUUGGUUUUUGAAGCAAAUCUCGCCACGGCGGAACACAUUUCUCAUUGGGUGUUGCAAGGAGUUUGUUUGAUAUUAAAUACCGAUUAAACGCGAUUAGGAUUACAGUGAUAUUAAUUACUUUUUUUUUUUUACAAUGAAAACAAUAUAAAGACGUCAUGUACAGUAGACAUCCUUCUAAUAAUUAUUAAAAAAAAUCUUUCUAAAAAUA